UCCGCUGUUUAAAUAGCAGGUAUUUGUAUAGGCAACGGAACAAUACGUUUGGUAGGCUACGACCACGUUCCUCAACACGUUAUACAACGUUGCGCGCCGUUUCCUGGUGUUGUACAUAGAUAUUACGCUCUAUACUGUAAUAUGAUAGAGACGACAGGUGUUCUAGCAGGUAUUUUACCACGGUCAAGCCUCGUUGAUAUCCCCGUGAGUGUCGGGGAGCUGCAGUGGCGUCGCUGAUUCGUUUAGGAAAUAUGUCGUGGUUUACGGUGGGAGUUCUCCACCACAGUUGCGGUGCAGCCCGGGCUUGAUUGGAUGCUGUCUGGACUCAAGCGUUUGGGAGGGAGUGGAGUGUGCUUUAGCUCACAUUGCAACAGCAAGUGAAGCAGAGAUCGUGUACGCAAAGGAGUGAGGUAGGUGCUGGGGACAGCGCCUGUCAUACGGCUCCAGCGACACAGCAAAUGAACGCACCGCUUCGAAGCAAGGACAGGUCAAAUCACUCUACGGUCACCCAUCUGCAUGUUUUGUGUGGCGCAUGUUCAUCUCCCUCAUAAUUCAGAAUUAUGGAUUAGAGGGGGGUGACUGAGAAGCAACAGUAAAUCCGCCCAUUGUUGUGCGCUGAUCUGGAUUUAGGCGCAGGACCAAGAUACAUUGCUAUUAGAGGCUAGAGGACAGAACUGGGACAAUGGACACGAGCAUGCGGAAAUUUACAGUUAGAAGAUGGUUCUCUGUGUAUCUUGGCAAGAAGUCGCGAUCCAAGAGCUCCAGCCUAUGCAAAUUAGAGGACGAUGGAAUCUUGAAAGAGUUUGACAUUAGCAAUCAUGUGAAAGAGGGCUUUGAAAAGGCAGAUCCUUCUCAGUUUGAAUUGCUCAAGGUUUUGGGUCAAGGCUCUUACGGAAAGGUCUUUCUGGUACGGAAAAUUGUAGGUUCAGAUAAAGGGCAACUCUACGCCAUGAAGGUUUUAAAGAAGGCCACUCUUAAAGUGCGAGAUCGUGUGCGAUCAAAAAUGGAGAGGGAUAUUUUAGCAGAGGUGAAUCACCCGUUCAUAGUCAAACUCCACUAUGCCUUUCAAACAGAGGGGAAGCUGUACCUCAUUCUUGACUUCCUCAGAGGUGGUGAUCUUUUCACUCGGCUGUCCAAGGAGGUGAUGUUUACUGAAGAGGAUGUGAAGUUUUACCUGGCUGAGCUGGCCUUGGCACUGGACCAUCUUCACAGCCUGGGCAUCAUCUAUCGCGACCUCAAGCCCGAAAACAUCCUUCUUGAUGAGGAGGGCCACAUCAAGAUAACUGAUUUUGGCUUGAGUAAAGAGGCCAUAGAGAACGACAAGAGAGCAUACUCCUUCUGCGGGACAAUCGAGUACAUGGCCCCUGAGGUGGUCAACAGAAGAGGCCACACACAGAGUGCAGACUGGUGGUCUUUUGGUGUCUUAAUGUUUGAAAUGCUGACAGGUUCACUCCCUUUCCAAGGCAAAGAUCGGAAGGAGACCAUGGCACUGAUUCUAAAGGCCAAAUUGGGAAUGCCACAGUUUUUAAGUCCUGAAGUGCAAAGCCUGUUACGGGCACUUUUUAAAAGAAAUCCUUCCAACCGAUUAGGUGCGGGACCAGAUGGAGUGGAGGAGAUCAAACGACAUACAUUUUUUGCAACCAUUGACUGGAAUAAAUUAUACAGACGAGAGAUCAAGCCUCCCUUCAAACCAGCAGUGGGGAGGCCUGAGGACACCUUCCACUUUGAUCCGGAGUUCACCUCCCGAACACCAACAGACUCACCCGGAGUACCCCCCAGUGCCAACGCCCAUCAACUCUUUAGGGGCUUCAGCUUUGUUGCCACCAACCUCAGCCCGGAGCAAUCGAUAGUGGAGACGCGCCAGUCCGUGGUCAACCCUAUCGUUCAGCAACUCCAUGGGAAUAACAUCCGCUUCACUGACGGCUAUGAGCUUAAGGAGGAUGUGGGCAUCGGGGCAUACUCUGUGUGCAAGCGCUGUGUCCACAGGAUCACUAGCGUGGAGUAUGCAGUCAAAAUUAUUGACAAGGCCAAGAAGGAUCCAUCGGAGGAGAUAGAGAUUCUCCUGAGAUACGGGCAGCACCCCAACAUCAUCACCCUGAAAGAUGUGUAUGAUGAUGGGAAGUAUGUGUAUGUGGUGAUGGAGCUGAUGAGAGGAGGGGAACUGCUGGACAGGAUCCUCCUUCAGAAGUGCUUCUCUGAGCGGGAGGCCUCAGCGGUUCUCUGCACCCUCACAAAGACCGUGGAGUAUCUCCAUUCCCAAGGGGUCGUCCAUCGUGACUUGAAGCCAAGCAAUAUCCUCUAUGUGGACGAGACGGUGGAUCCAGAGUCCAUUCGAAUCUGUGACUUUGGCUUUGCCAAGCAGCUAAGAGCUGAGAACGGCCUGCUCAUGACGCCAUGUUACACGGCUAACUUUGUAGCUCCAGAGGUCCUGAAAAAGCAGGGAUAUGAUGCAGCCUGUGACAUCUGGAGUCUGGGAAUUUUACUCUACACCAUGUUGGCAGGAUUCACCCCUUUUGCCAAUGGCCCUGAUGACACGUCAGAAGAAAUCCUUGCCCGGAUUGGCAGCGGUAAAUACGCCCUUACGGGUGGCAACUGGGACUUGGUAUCAGAUGCUGCAAAGGACAUUGUGUCCAAGAUGCUACAUGUGGACCCUCAUCAGCGGCUGACAGCACCGCAGGUCCUCAGGCACCAGUGGAUUGUGGAUCGGGAGCAGCUCUCACAGAGCCAGCUCAUCAGACAAGACGUGCAGCUGGUGAAGGGUGCAAUGGCUGCCACCUAUUUUGCCCUUAAUCGGUCGCCUCAAGCACCAAAGCUGGAGCCUGUGUUGUCAUCUUGUUUGGCUCAGAGAAGAGGAAUGAAGAGGCUCACAUCCACACGGUUAUAGUACAGCUGCACAAGAAGCACCAAAAAAAUAUAUCAUGAUGACCAGCAACAGAGACUUGCCAAAGCAGCAUAUGGAGAAUUACUGUGCGGAGAGUACUGUGUGAAGAGUACUGUGUGAAGAGUACUGUGUGGAGAGUACUGUGUGGAGUGUGGAGAGUACUGUGUGGAGAG